AUGGAUAAAUCACAGACCACCCUUUUAAGCUUUCAAACUUGCGAAGUUAGCUCAGUUCAAGGAUUUGCUCUUAAUCAACCCAACAACAUGGACGACUUAAAUUCGAUUUCCAUUAAAAGACCACCUUACCCUCCGUCCAUCGAUACCGAUUAUUUGGUGGAGAACCUAUUAAAGCGCAAGUCAAAGAACCCAAAAAUGCCAAAUGAGUUUUUUAUUUAUCGAGCUGCUUUAGUUAAAGAACUCAAGGCGAACAAUUACAAGAUUAAAAUGACAAAUCUAUCCACUUUGGCAUCAAGAUCUUGGAGUCAAGAAUCACCUCAAGUUAAAUCAGAGUAUCGAAAGUUAGCCCGUGAAACAGAAAGUCAAUAUUUAAAAAUACGUUCAAUAGAAAUGUCAAAUACCAUAAAUAAUUCGGGAAAAAUCUCUGAUCAAAAGAAGAGGAUUUCAAAGAAAGUUGUUCCACCUUCCCUUAAUUUUAUAAGCUCCACUUCGAAUCCCACCAAAUCAGAUUCAAUUCAUGAACAUGAUCAUUCUAAAGAUUCGAUAACCGUUUUACCUGACAUUGGUGAUAUCGUUGACGUCACCAUGUCUGAAAUCAACGACGACGUUACAACAACAAUCAUGCGAUCUACCUUAGGGUAUCAACAAUAUCCUUCCCAAAUCUGGCAACAACCUCCUUACGAAUACGAAUUGUCAAGGAACGAUUUUAUGUUAAUGGAAGAUAAUUCAAUUUUCGUCUAUCAACAAUUUCAUCGGAAAAUUCUUCUCCCGUUUCGAAUUAUUUAUCAUAUCCACCUUCGCCUUUAUCGUCUUCGUCCUUACCGAUAA